UUCUAGCACAGCCAUGAAGUUCCUAUUUUUUUCUCUUCUGGUCUUGGGUGUCUCUAUCGGCUCCAUAAAAGGAUGGGCAUCCGAGGGCGAGGCUGUGCAAAAAGAGAUUAAAAUUACACACGAAGAUGCAGUCAAAGCACCCGAAAACGUCAAAAUUGUAGCAAACAAUACGUCGAUGCCCAUUACGCCCAACACAUCAUCGAUAAUAUUGCCGGCGGUAAGCCCUACACGAAAAACCCGUGAGGCUAACAUUAAACCACAUGUGACCACCAAGGCUCCUAUUCGUAAGACCCGAGAAGCUACCGCUGGGCCACACCUAGCGGCUACCAAGGCCCCAACCCGUAAGGCCCGAGAGGCUACCGCUGUGCCACAUACCGUAGCCAGUAAAGCCCCAACCCGUAAGACCCGAGAGGCUACCGCUGUGCCACACGUUGCGGCUACCAAAGCCCCAACUCGUAAGGCCCGAGAGGCUACCGCUGUGCCACACGUUGCGGCUACCAAAGCCCCAACCCGUAAGGCCCGAGAGGCUACCGCUGUGCCACAUACCGUAGCCAGUAAAGCCCCAACCCGUAAGGCUCGUGAAGUUACCACCGUACCACAAGCUGCAACUACCAAGGCUUCUAAGAGUCAAGAAUCUACCCCUGUGCCACACAACGCAGCUACAAAUGCUCCUACCCGUAAGACCCGGGAAGCUACCGCUGUGCCACAUGCCGCGACUACCAAAGUUCCAACCCGUAAAACCCGAGAGGCUACGACUGUGCCACAUACCAUAGCUACUAAAGCCCCGACCCGUAAAGCUCGUGAGGCUACAGUUGCACCCCAUGCCACCACUAAGGUUCCAAUGUCAAAAGCCUAAGACCCCAGCUUUACAUUACCACGACGAUUACCCAGUGAUGCGGAUGAAAGAGUCACCAGCUAUUUCUAGAAUGGAGGAUUAGAUUCUAAAAUUUUAUUACUUUUUCUGUUUAGGAAAACGUGAAAAAAUUAAAUUAAAAAAAACGAAAUAAAAGAAUCUAUCACAA